UAAUAACGGAAACACCCUUAACGCCCCUCUCUCUCUCUCUGCAGAGUCCGCCGAUCCAUUGCCAUUGGCAUCAACUACAAUCUACAAACAAUACACUGUUCUUGAUUUUACUGAUUUUCGUCAUUUUUGUUUUUAAUUUGGGCGAUCGAGUGAUAAUCUGAGAAAGAUGGUGGCAGCGGGGCGGUGGAUGGAAUGCAGAGCCGACCUGUUGGCGGAGGGGGCUAAAUCGCUGCAGCUUAGGCUGAGGGACCGUUUCAGAGUGGCUGCUGUGGACUAUCACCGCCGCCGGAACUUGAGGAGUGCCAACGCCGGCUACUUAUCCUCCAGCGUUCAGCGCUGGCUCGAUCGCUUCUCCGAGUUCCGUCGCGAGACCUUGCCUUCCUCUUCGACUUUCUACCGCAAAAGAGUGAGUAAGGAUAUUGAUGAAGAAGAUGAGUCAGUCUUGACCCGCUUGGUUCAGGCUGUUGCUGUUCCUGUGCUUGGAAAUGUUUGUCAUGUUUUUAUGCAUGGUCUCAACCGUGUUCAGAUAUUUGGUGCAGAAAAAUUGCAACAGGUGGUACUGCAUAGGCCAGAGAACAAGUCCUUGAUUACGGUUAGCAACCAUGUUGCUUCCAUGGAUGACCCUUUGGUAAUUUCUUCCCUGUUACCUCCUAGUAUGUUGUUUGAUGCAAAUGGUUUGCGAUGGACACUCUGCGCAUCUGAUCGAUGUUUCAAGAAUCCAGUUACAUCAGCAUUUUUCAAGUCUGUGAAAGUGCUCCCUGUUUCUCGCGGGGAUGGGAUAUAUCAGAAGGGAAUGGACUUGGCUAUAUCAAAACUCAAUCGGGGAGGGUGGGUUCACAUAUUUCCUGAAGGUAGUCGCUCUCGAAAUGGUGGGAAAACUAUGGGUUCAGCCAAAAGAGGCAUUGGAAGGUUGGUUUUGGAUGCUGAUAAUACACCUAUAGUUGUCCCUUUCGUUCAUACUGGAAUGCAAGAAGUCAUGCCCGUUGGAGCCGUGUUUCCUAGGGUUGGGAAAACUGUGACUGUACUAGUUGGCGAUCCCAUUAGUUUUGAUGAUUUAAUCAGUGGCGGAGAAGACAAGAAUAUGUCAAGAGGAAAACUGUAUGAUGCUGUCGCUAGUAGAAUUGGUGAACGUCUCCAAAAGCUGAAGCUACAAGUAGAAGCAUUAGCGGUUGAGCAAGCGCUAGAAUUGGAAAAAUAUCCAUCACGGGUGACUGAGCGAGCAGCUAGGCUCUUGCAAAAAAUUGACUGGGAAUCACUCGGGAUUGGGAACUACAUGGGUCUUGAUGAGAAGAAGGAUCCGUCGGUUGAACCCAGUAUAACCCAGCUAUACCCAAAAGAAAACAGCCGCGAGGAGCGGAGCUUUGGAGGAGCAGGCUACUCUGUUGGAGGGGGGUUCGUUUCAAGAAUACGAGGCUAUAUGGACUCAACGGAGUUGACACUAUUCGGUGCUAGAGGUUUAUAUAGAAAUCAUAGAAGCAAUGAGUAUUUUGGUAGUUUGCGUGAUGUUACUCCUUUGAAGAUUUGGAGGUCGUUGUAUGGACAUGCUUACUUUCAUCCUAACACGGGGCCAAUCUAAUGUUUGUUUGGUUAA